UUGACGCAAUUUACUCAACUUCAAGGUGGCCACAAAUCCAGAGUUCCUGUGGUUGGUGUUUUAAUCGAAGGAGGUCAACACGCCUUCCGCAGAGUACUCGAUCUUCUUACUGGGGAGAAUCCAAUACCCGUUGUGAUCUGUGAUGGAUCAGGACGUGCUGCUGAUCUGCUUGCCUUCAUGUCACGAUAUGCCGAUUCCGAUGGCGAUUUGGUGCCGAAACUUCGUCGACAAGUGGUGGCCAAUAUUGAAAGAACAUUCCAGUUGAAUCGGUCAGAAGCGGAGAGCCUCUACUUGGAUAUGAAAGGUUGUAUGUGUCGUCGAGAUCUAUUGAGUGUCUUCCAAAUGGGUGAUGAGACUUCGAGUGAAAUUGAUCUCACAAUCCUAACGGCUCUUCUACAAGGUAAGUUGAAGUACUUUCACUUUCAUUUUUGUUAUCGGAAUUCGAUAAGAGGUAGAAAAUUGUGCGCAUACCCGUCCACUUGGAAAUGCGUCCAAAACGCGCGGUUGCAGUCAUUGGCAAACAGGCAUAUUGGAUCAUUUUUUUGCCAGAAAGUGUUGGCACUCCUCCGUAAAGGCGGCUAUAAGUAA